ACCACGUUUUAGUCGUCUGGUCCUCGUCUUAAUCCUCCUCUUGUUGGCACCAGACAGCGUUUUCCAGACUGAUCACGAUGUCUACGAGAGCCUUGCGGAAACUCCAGCGGGAGCAGGAGUUGCAGAGACAAGUUGAGGCAGCCAAACAGGCCUACGCAGAAGCCGAAGAGUCAGAAGAGGACGACGGAAGCCCACCUACUACGUCGCGACCCAUGAACGCAUUUGACAUGCUGGAAGGUGUCGAAGAUGAGGAGGAAGAGUCAGAACCAGAAGCGGCCACGUCCAUAUCACAACCACCAGCACCUUCAGAAAGUCGAUUCACUCCUGCGCCCUCCUCAAAACCUAGGAAGAAAAAGAAAAAGGGUAAAGGGAAGACCAAGGGCAAGAGCAAAGUCCCAGAGUCCGCGACACAGCAGGAUGACUCAGGGGACGAAGUCGAUCGAGCUCUAAGAGAAUUGGCACGGAAGAAUCGUGGAGCCAACGCCGCUCCUGAUGACGAACCACCAAGUUGGGAAGCGCAAGCAACAAAGUUACUGGCGAUAGACGAGAAGAAUCUCAACCCAGUGAACGAGAUGAAGAGCCUGUUUGGUAGCAUCGCUUUGGAAACGCAAGAGUCUCGAGGCAACCCACGCCAACAACGGCGGCGUGACCAGAAUCUCCAAGGAGGAGUCGAUCUGGCCACUGCCCUUACUGGGCGAUAUUGUGUGGGAAGUAGAGGCAAGGAGUUAGGAACACUCGCUCAUCGGCGGAACAUCUUUGUGCAAGGCAAAGAGGAAUGGCCACUCGCGACCAGUGGCGGUCUUAGCAUGCAACAUGUUCCUGACGCGGAGUCGAACCCGAAGAAAAAAUCUUUCGAGAAGAAGUACAACAUCAUGCACAACAAGCAGUACCAAGAGACCCAGCUACACUUUCGGUUGGCAGUUGAGUCUAUGGAUCCACAACGAAUGAUUGGGGUCCUGUCCAUGUACCCUUACCACAUCGCCACUCUUCUCCAGGUAUCAGAAAUUGCGAAGCAUCAAGGUGAUCAUGCAGUCUCUGGGGACUUGAUCGAGCGAGCAUUGUUUUCAUUUGGCAAGUCAGUCCACAGCUCUUUCCCAGCUUCGCUUAGAACUGGUACCGCCCGAAUAUCUUUCGACAAGCCUGCAAAUCGAGAACUCUACCUGGCUAUUUGGCGGUACAUCAAGAACCUCGAAAUGAGAGGAACCUGGCGAUCAGCAUUUGAAUGGGCCAAACUUCUGCUCCAGCUCAAUCCCAUCACCGAUCCAUACGGGGUCACUUUGAUGAUCGACCAGUUCGCUCUCAGAGGCCGUCAACAUGCACAACUGAUAGAAAUCUGCUCCGACGGCGCCUACGGCCAAGCAUGGGAUUUUCUCGCCAACAUCCAGAUAUCUCUGUCAUUGGCCUAUCUCAGAGCCGGCAAACCACGGGACGCUAGAAGGCAGUUGGCGGUCGCUAUGCACAAAUACCCCUACAUCCUCUCCGCCUUAGCCUCUGCACUCGAUAUCUCCCCUCUACCGAAAACCCUCUGGGCAAAACUACCUUCAAACGAUGCCGAGAAACUCCAUACCGAGUUGUACGUGACACGCGCCAAAGAUCUAUGGAAUACACCCGAGACAAUCAGUCUACUCGCAGAAGUAGCGGAGACCCUCUCUCACUACAGCGACGCCAUCGCUGCUGCCCCACCAGCGCCGAGGCUAGAAGUCUCACUCGAGGAAGCUCGACACAUUAUGCUUCUCGAAAUCCCUUCCCUUAUCGCCCUCCUUCCCCGCUCCUUCACCAGCAGACCAACCUCAUCUUACGAUGUUCUUCCCCCACCAACCUCAGAAGCCGACGGCUUCGUCUUCCGUUCCCCAGCCGGCGCAGAACGCGGUAACGGCACCAUGCAGACCAUUUUCAAUGCCGCGGGCGCCACGGCCGGUGCUACAGGCAGCCUACUGACCAGAAUCAUGAAUUGGUUCCAAACACCCGCCGGCCCCAACGAUCCCAACGGCGAAUCCGAAGGCCAAGCCGCCUUGCGCAACCUCCAGGAGCAGCUAGGUGGCGACAUACCGCCAGAAAUGAUUGAGCAGUUGCUGCAAAUUCACCUGGAGGACGGAGACGAAACCGUCGGUGCCAUCACUCCAGCCGGCCUCGGCAUGGCCGGCGGGUGGGAUUAUUACGAGGAGGUGGAGCAGAACAAUUCCGAAGUGGAUGAGGAUGAAGACAGCAUGCCGGAUCUCGAGUCCAUUCCGGGUGAUCACGAGCCUGGGCCAGAUGCGCCGAGUCAGAUUGCGCCCGGGCCGGCUCGCAACCCUCACGCCGCCAUGGUCGAAGAAGGCGACGACGAAGACGAUAUUCAGCCUGGCUCGUCGCAUGACGGAGCUGGGGCCGCGGUGCUACGGCACGUCGAUUCAAAUUCAGAGGAUGAAGGCGGUUUACUCCGUUCUGCUCCUCACACAGCUCCUGUGCUCCCUAGACCUGAACCAGUUCCUGCAUCUACGACACGUGCUACAACAUCUUCAAGCGAGAAUACUUCACACACACAAACGUCCACGAAUCCAGCAGAGGACUUGGCUCUCUCCGACCCACAGCGUCUGCAGCGCUGGCUCUUGACCUCCGGCCUGGCGGAUCUCGAAUCCAAGCCGGAGACAUUGGGUCUGUACGUGUCACGGCUGAGGAUGUUACCUCGCAAGGCGCAGCAGGACUGGGUGAUUAGUAUGGUGAGGCAGCGCGCGGGAGCGGAUGUUGAAGGGAGAGUCAAGGCCGCUUUGCAGAGUUCGUGACCUAGUCAAGUUCGAAUUAAGACGACCAGGUCCAUCUACCCCAUGCUUUGAUCCAAAAAACGACUGAAGCGGCCACAACAUGCUAAAACUAUUGUCGAGCGUUCGAUACCCACGGGGGAUGAAUAACGUGUCAUGGAGCAAGAGGCCACUGCCAACUGCAAAGACAGUCGCGAAGACGAAGCACUGGAAAACGCUACAUAAUGCGACCUGUGAUGAGACGGAGAAGAGGUUUUCGCUGAUGAGGAAGCUUCAGGACCGAGGCCGUCCGCCAGUCGCUGUUGUUGCACCAAAGAGCCCAUAGUCAAGUAGACAGAUGGUAAUGUCUCAGCGCGAGUCUGAAGCCGCCGACAGCUCAAUGGUGAAGCGAAAUUACUACCACUCACGAACAAUCUUGCCCGUCCAUGUUCGCGAAGCGUGCCUCAUUCGCAGUAUAUUUAAGAGCUACAGCUGGCACAAUCCGCCCGUUGUAUUGGUACAAGC